GAGGCUCAGUGCGGGUGAGCCUCGGUCGGGGCUUCUUUCUCGCCGGGGCGGUUGCGUGGAACCGGCAGAGGCAGCCGCGGCCGCCAUGGCGGUGGACGGCCCGCGCCCCCGCCGAUCGCCGGGAGGUGGCGCGCUCUGCUCAGAGGCCAACGCCAACCUUCUCCCUGUUUCUCCCCCUUCUCCUUCUUCCCCCUCUCUCGGAGGCUCGCAUUGAAUCGGCCCUAACGAUUCUCAGAUCGUCAUUAUUUGUAACCAUAGAGCAUGAAUUACCUCUUGAGGUCAUCAGCGAGAAUUUACGACUGGUCAACAAAAGCACGUGAUUCCCUAACGCCCCCCCAUCCCCCCUGCCAACCCCCCCCAUAUUUGGCCGCAUACAUAGCAAAACGAAGUACAGUGCAUCGCUAUAAUUCAUUAAUACAUCAUAAAUCGUGAAGCACAGGGUUAUAACGACCACGAUCCACAAAUCAAGCCCUCCAAAAUCACCCAAAUGAGCUCGUACUUUGUAAACUCCUUCUCGGGGCGUUAUCCAAAUGGCCCGGACUAUCAGUUGCUAAAUUAUGGCAGUGGCAGCUCUCUGAGCGGCUCUUACAGGGAUCCCGCUGCCAUGCACACCGGCUCUUACGGCUACAAUUACAAUGGGAUGGACCUCAGCGUCAACCGCUCCUCGGCCUCCUCCAGCCACUUUGGGGCGGUGGGCGAGAGCUCGCGCGCCUUCCCCGCGCCCGCCCAGGAGCCCCGCUUCAGGCAAGCGGCGUCGAGCUGCUCCCUGUCCUCGCCCGAGUCCCUGCCCUGCACCAACGGCGACAGCCACGGCGCCAAGCCCUCUGCUUCGUCCCCCUCGGACCAGGCGACCCCGGCCAGCUCCAGCGCUAAUUUCACCGAAAUAGACGAGGCCAGCGCGUCCUCGGAACCUGAGGAAGCGGCGAGCCAGCUAAGCAGCCCCAGCCUCGCUCGGGCGCAGCCAGAGCCCAUGGCCACCUCCACGGCCGCGCCCGAGGGGCAGACUCCGCAGAUAUUCCCCUGGAUGAGGAAGCUUCACAUCAGCCAUGAUAUGACCGGGCCGGACGGCAAAAGGGCUCGGACCGCCUACACCCGCUACCAGACCCUGGAGCUGGAGAAGGAGUUUCACUUCAACCGCUACCUGACCCGGCGGCGGCGCAUCGAGAUCGCCCACGCGCUCUGCCUGUCCGAGCGCCAGAUCAAGAUCUGGUUCCAGAACCGGCGCAUGAAGUGGAAGAAAGACAACAAACUGAAAAGCAUGAGCCUGGCUACAGCCGGCAGCGCCUUCCAGCCCUGAGCCCGCCCUGGAGGAGACCCUGGCGGCCCUAGAGCCAGCGCCACCCCCAGCCCUGGCCCCUCCAGUCCUCCCUGAGCUGCCGCCGCCCGCUAGGGACCGGUUCCUACGAGCCUGCCUCGCCCCGGCCCUGUGUUACGGUUUUCGUUUGGUCUUAGGUCUUCCUGUGGCUCCCUCUCUCCUGGACUGGUUAUCUUGUUAUUAUUGUUAAUAAUAAUAAUUAUUAUUAUUUUCCCUCCAUGCUCCCCACUCUCCUCCGCUCGCCCCCAAAUCUGCCAGUGUUUCUGAAUGUUCGUGUCCGUGGUUGCACUCCUUCCCCCAGGAAAAAAAAGAAAUUCGCAUGUGUAAUGUGAACUGUCCCCUCCCCAUCUGUGUUCUAACUUAUUUAUAAAAGGAUGACCACUGUAUUUUGCGUUCCAGCCUGAAACUUCUCUCAGGGGCAGCAGUUGAGGUGAGGCAGUGCCGCAGCACGGGGCCCAGCUGCGCUGGCCUCCGCCGCCGUGCAGUCCAUGACUGUGUCUCUGUUCACCCUCCUCCCCCGCCCUCGCCACUCCCCAGGCCCAAGUCUCCCAGUGGCUUGGUCCUGGAGUGGGAAAGGGUCAGGGAGGGACCACAGGGAUGAUGUUGAGAAGAGGGAAGGAAAGUAGUGAGAUUUAAGUUCCUGCUGCCUGGGUAGGCCCCACAAGGCCUGGUCUGGGAGUGUACAGAAACAAAAAUAAUCCUCAGUGUACAAUGUCUUGUGUAUUUCUCUGUGAAUCCGUGGGUCUGGCUACGGGGCCCAAAGCUUGUAAAUAUGGGGAUAGUCUGGGUCGGACCCAUCUCUCCCUCCCUACCCAUUUCGCUUCCAAGACCAUUUGUAGUGAGCGAGUGGAUACUGUGCUAUGUGUGAAAUCUGUCUUUGCCCAGCCUGUCUCAGUGAUUCCCUUUUGGUAUUUGUUUGUAGCUUUCCUUGAAGUCAAAUAAAUGUUUCCCCCACUCCA